CAAUGGAAUGGAUUCAACAACUUCUUCGAAAACGACUUGAAGAAAGGAAAUAUCAUCAAUUUUCCUACUUUCAAUGAUAAAAAUGAUGCACCAUUUUUGCCUCGCCAAUCAACCAUUCCCUUCUCAUUGAAAAAAUUCACUGAAAUUCUAAACCAUUUCUCAAUCGAUAGUAAUUCAAAGGAUGCUCAAAUAAUCAAGGAAACAAUCUAUCUAUGUGAAGAGCCAGAUCUCCAUAAAGAGAAGAAAUUUUGUGCAACUUCAUUAGAGUCGAUGGUAGAUUUCAUGUUAUCCGAGCUAGGAACGAACAAUAUCAAAGCAAUUACAACGGAGGUAGAAGGGGAAAGUAGUCAAAUAUUUCAGAGAUACACCAUGGAAAAAGUUGAAGAAAUUGCGGAUGGGAAUAACAUGGUAUGCCACAAAAUAAAUUAUCCAUACGCAGUGCAUUAUUGUCAUGUUGGAGGAAGAACAAAGACGUUCAUGGUAUCAAUGAUAGGUGUUGAUGGAACAAAAGUUAAAGCGCUAUCAGUAUGCCACCAAGAUACUUCCUUUUGGAAUCCAAAGGGAUUACCUUUUGUAGUGCUCAAUGUUAAGCCUGGUACUACUCCUAUAUGUCAUUUCCUUUUAAAUGAUCAAAUUGUCAUUUUCCCUUCUAAAAAAGCCACUAAUUAGGCUAUUAUUUGUAUGAU